AUGAAUUGUUUAGGAGCGAUUGAUGAAAUUCGAAAUGAAAAUUCACAAAUGGAAAAAACUUCGAAUAAAAAGCAAAUCGAAGGGACAACACUGGCAAUUUUAAUGGAAAAUAGUGCGCAAGCAUUUAGAAGCGAAGAAAAUCAAAUGAGAAGACGACAAUUUACUGAUAUUACCAACUGUCAAAAUAAUCGAUAUCAGAAGCGAAAUAUUUCGAAAAAUGAUCCGUUUCAAACUUCCAUUACGGAUUAUGCUAUCGUUAAACAUAAAUUAUCAACUGUUGAACAUUUACGAAAAACAGUUAAUGAAGAAAGUGAGGAAAAUUUGAAGCGGAUCGGAUUAAUUGCUAAUACAUCUCAUUCCUCCCCUUCACGAUCAACUUCUGAAACGGAUAUCGAUGAUGAAAUGAUUCACGAUUCUUCUUCAUGUUCAAUUCAAAAUGAUAGCGAUAAGGAAAUGUAUGAUUUACAAAAACACUUUAGUCGAGUUCUUGGGAAACGUUUAAGUGUAUCGCAACAGGAUAUACGUGAAAAUGUACAACAACCAUUGAUUAAACGACGGAAGGAAGUAAUUUUUUCAAAUUUACAAAUAUAA